AUGACUGUCAAGGAUGGGGUGAAGGAGAGGUACCAUGAUGAAUGUAAGCAGGCUGCAACAUAUGGCCAACAAGAACCUCCAGAGAUGGACCAUGGUAAGAAACAUGACAGGAAGGAAUUAAACCGACUUCUUGCCCUGAUUGGAAAGCCAUCCUUGGACCCCAUCUACAUUGGACUCUUUGGAGCAAGUGGAGCUGGCAAGAGUUCUCUGCUUAAUGCCAUCAUCCAUCAGGCAAUGUUUUUGCCUGUGUCAGGAGAGAGUACAUGCACAUCCUGCAUAGUCCAAGUGAGCUCCAGCAGCUGUGAACAGUAUGAGGCCAAAAUCCAUCUUCUCUCUGACCAGGAGUGGAAGGAGGAGCUGCGGAAUCUCACCAAACUCUUGCAAAGGUCAGAGGAGGAGGAUGGAGAAGAUGACUCUUGGGACCAAGAUAAUGCAGUGGAGGAAGCCGCUUGGAAAUUGCAAGUGCUAUAUGGAAAUGGAGCAGAACGGAAGAGUUAUGAGGAGUUGUUGCGGGCAAAACCCCGAGCAAAGAUCCCCAACUCCAGGAUCAUCACCCUCAAGGGAGAAGAGGCAAACGAACUCUCUGUAAAAUUGGACCCUUACAUCCGGACUCAGAUGAGGAAUACAGAUGGGGGACCAGUUAGGACCCAAAUAUGGCCCCUGAUCAAAUAUGUAGAAGUGACUCUUCCCAGGUCAGAAGUGAUUCCAGAAGGUGUGGUGCUGGUAGACAUUCCUGGAACAGGCGACUUUAAUAGUAAAAUAGAUGAAAUGUGGAAAAGGACUAUUGAUAAAUGUUCUGUGAUCUGGGUGAUCAGCGACAUUGAGAAGAUUUCUGGGGGGAAAAUCCAUGAAGAGCUUCUCUGUGAAAGUAUCAAAGCUUGCCAGAGAGGAGUCUGCCAAGAAAUUGCCCUGGUGGUCACAAAGUCUGAUAAACUUCACCUACCAGAAUAUUUAAGGGAAAGAAAAGGAGAAUAUUGGGUGUUUGACAGUCAGCGUGAGGCAAUAUUAGAAAGAAACGAAGCUUUGAAUCAACAAAAUAGCAGGACUCUCAAGGAAAAACUGAGGAGAAUAUUGCCUACUGACUCCAAGAUUCUAGAAGCUUCAGAUCUGGUAUACACAGUCAGUGCUCAGGAGUAUUGGCGGCAGGAGUUACUCAAUGAGGAAGAGACUGAAAUCUCCAAAUUAAGAGACUUUAUCAGGAAAAAGUUUCUGGAGAAGAAGCGGAAGACUGUGACUGAAUAUGUUACAGAGGCUUUCGGGGUCCUCUUGCUUGCAGACACUUUUAACUCUCAGGAUGGUCUAACGAAUGAAUUCUUUCACUUGAGCAGUCUUCGGAGAUUUGUGGAGGAGAGAAUACAGUUGCUGGAGAGGGAUGUGGACCACUGCUUUUCCAGGAUAGAGCAUCCUUUGCAGGAAGGAGUGAGAAAUGCACAGGCUUCCUACCGGAGAAUCCUCAGUGGAUGUCUAACUAGGAACAAGGGAAACCAAGGCUUCCACCAGACCCUGAAGGCUGUUUGUCUGAGAGAUGGCGUCUACGCCUCCAGGACUCUUGCCAGAAUAGACCUGAAUGAAGCUAUCACACAGCCUGUUUAUGACUGCGUAGACCCUGUUUUUGGAAAUAUUUUCAGGGUUGGGAGGGACACCAGUUCUGCACUGAUCCUUCACGUAGAUACUUUCAAGCGCUCCCUGCAAGAGAAAAUGGCAGAAGUGAUGAUAAAAAGAGGGUGGAAACCUGACGGCUGUAAACAUAAUUUUCUGAUCCAGGAGAUAAAUGCUAUCUUGGGAGGCCUGGAAGGAUACAUCCUCAGAAAGAAGAAGAGAAUCUAUGAAUCUCUCUGCAGCUCUGUUCAGAAUGAUUUGAAACCAUGCUAUGAAGAGGCUGCUCAUAUAACCGGCAAGAAAGCCUGUGAGAGAAUGAAAGAUGCCAUCAGAAGAGGUGUGGACAGACAGGUGGCUGAGGGUUUAUUUGAAAGGGCCCAAGAAAGGAUGAAGAAUCAAUUCCAGCAACUGAAGAAUGGAAUCAUAGAAAAGGUGAAGGGAAGUGUCUCCACCAUGCUGAUUCUUGCUUUACCCAGAGGAGAAGACCUCUACAGGGAGCUAUCAGAUGUCAAAAGUGAAUACAGAGAAAUGGAAAAAUUGUAUAAGAGCCUGAGAGAAAUUGCAGAGAAUGCAGUGAUGAGGAGGGGAAUGCAAGAAUUUCUUAUGAGAAUGUCACCAAGAAAAGUUGGCUACCCAAGAAACUCAACUCUUGUCCUUUGUGAUUAG